GCCGGACCGGGCGCGAAGUGGAACAACCUCGCGCAGCUACAAUGGUCACCAUAAUCUGUCGAUCCGACGGUAUUCGGAUGGUCUGGGCAGGGUGCUAGGCAGCGGAUGUAAUCACAGCUCCGACUCGUUGCCAAUGCAUUGCAAGCACAUCGUGUUCAACACCGGUCGGGUGCAACGCGCAUACCGAAGUCCGUCGACAAGGGAAAGUACAAUAAUAUAAAGUAGCGGGUGUUGGAAUCAACAGAUUCUGGCAAUAUUACCGGACUCACCAGCAGCCGCCCAAGAACACGCCGACAACCAUGCCCCAAUACGCCCAGGACCAGCCCGCGGGCUACAACAACUACGUCUCCAACGUCGUCAUCGUCGGCGCAGGAGGCCAAGUGGGCAGCCACAUCGCUUCAGCCCUAGCAGACACCGGAAAGCACACCGUAACGGCCCUGACCCGCGAGGGGAGUGCUAGCAAGCUUCCCGCCGGGGUCAAGACGGCGCGCGUUCCGUCGUACGACGACGAGGUAGCCGUCGCCGAGGCCCUAAAGGCCGCAGGCGCCCAGGUGCUCGUCAUCACGCUGUCCGUGAUGGCCAGCCCGGAGACGCAGCCGCACCUCAUCCGGGCGGCCGUCGCCGCGGGCGUGCGCUUCAUCAUCCCGAACUCGUGGGGGAUCAAGAUGUCGGACAAGAAGCUGGCCGAGGAGACCUUGCUCGGGAACAAGGACGUCGUGGCGCAGGAGACUGUCGCGCAGGCCGGCGGCGUCAGCCAGCUCGUCUUCAUCGCGUGCGGGUUCUGGUACGAGUUCAGCCUCGCCGGCGGGCGCGACAGGUUCGGGUUCGACUUUGCGGACCGGGUCUUUUUGGUGCUCGACGGCGGCGACACCAAAAUGCACGUGUCGACCUGGACGCAGACGGGCCGCGCCGUCGCCGCGGCCCUGAGCCUGCCCGUGCUGCCGCGCUCGCCCGGGUCGGGCGAGCCGAUGACGCUCUCCGGGGCGGCGUCGUCGCCCCAGGCCGUGCUCCACGUCAAGAGCUUCCUGCUCUCGCAGAAGGACAUGUUCGAGAGCGUCAAGCGGGUGACGGGCACCACCGACGCCGACUGGACCGUGCUCCAGAAGACGUCCAAGGAGCAGUACGAGGAGGGGCGUGAUGCCUUCCUCAAGGGGGACGGGAUGGCGUACCCCAAGCUCUUGUACGGGCGCGGGUGGUUCCCCGGAGCCUGCAGGUUUGACAGUGUGGACAACGAGGCGUUGGGUCUGCCCGAGGAGGAUCUGGAUGAGGCUACAAAGGAGGCGGUGCGCAUGGCGAUAAACAAUGAGGUUCCCUAUUGAGAAGGCUGGAAGGCCACUAAACAAAGACCUCGUACAACUCCAUCCACAAACACUCCGGAAUUACAUAACCCUCACCAAGUGUUUUAGACUUGAUUCAGUUCUAUGAGCACUUUUUAGGGGCAAAAGGUUCAGUGCCAUUUCAUGAGCCUUCCAAUUCGCCUGUAGGUUAGCGGCAAAUGGCUCCUCAAUGUGCUUUAUACGAGUUGCAACUGUUUCCGGAAAGGGUUUUCUGGUAUUGAAUCGCGAGACAGGCAACAACAGACUGCGUCCAGUCCGUACCUAUAACCCACAAGAUCUAUCG